CACACGCCUACUGCAAAAACGCGUUUCAAAAUUGCUGUUUGACCUUUCCCAGUUCCGUAGGCGUUGUUCAUACGCUGUGAUAACAGUGUCUACAAUCCAAAGCAAAGGGCCCUUUCUCUUCUGAUAGUGUAAGGAAAAAGAGCCACCAAAAAUGACAACAGCCGCGAGACCGACGUUUGAGCCAGCGAGAGGAGGGAGAGGGAAGGGAGAGGGCGAUCUCAGUGCGUUGUCCAAACAGUACUCAAGCCGAGAUCUGCCUGGUCACACUAAGAUCAAGUACAGGCAGCUUACCCAGGAUGCCCCCGAGGAGGUGCGUGCCCGGGACUUCCGCAGGGAGCUGGAGGAGAGGGAACGUGUUGCUGUCCGGGAGAAGACUAGAGAGAGGGGACCGAGAGAACACACCACAUCCUCAUCUUCAUCCUCAAAGAGGCCCAGACUAGAUCAAAUCCCUGCUGCCAACCUGGAUGCAGAUGACCCUCUCACUGACGAUGAGGAGGAGGAUGAUGACUCUGAGGAGGACAGUGAUGACGAUGACACUGCGGCUCUGCUGGCUGAAUUGGAGAAAAUCAAGAAGGAGCGGGCUGAGGAGCAGGAACGCAAGGAGCGGGAGCAGAAAGCAGAGGAGGAGAGGAUCCGCAUGGAGAACAUCCUUAGUGGGAAUCCUCUGCUCAACCUGGCUGGACAGCAGCAGCAGCAGCAACAACAGAUAGUCCCCACCCCGAGUGCCUUCAGCGUCAAGAGAAGGUGGGACGAUGACGUCGUGUUCAAGAACUGUGCAAAGGGAGUGGAUGAGGCACGCCGGGAGAAACGCUUUGUCAAUGACACUCUGCGCUCGGAGUUCCACAAGAAAUUCAUGGAGAAAUAUGUGAAGUAGGACUUGCUAUGAAGGUGUUCCAUUUCUCUCUGGUCUGUUCUCAGUUCUACGAGGACAAGGAGGACGUGAUAGAGAUUGGUCUGAAAACAUUGAAUGAACCUGAAGAAUGGUAUCAUCCGUUGACAUGGAACACGCACAAAAUCCUCUGUAUAUAAAGUAAUCUAAUGCCUGACCUGAAAACACAUUUUAACUAGUUUUGUUUCGUUUCGUGUACAAUCAUUUUCCACCCCUGAAAGGAAUGGUUGCAAAAGUGACAUCAUCAAUGUCAACUUGUUGUUAUUUCACUUUUACCUUUUUUAUGCGCCAAUGUCAAUAAACCAACAAAAAAGAAAACCCUGUGUCUGUGAGAGGGCCUUGAUGCUUUUCUCAGGGAUUUUAGCUUUGUGCCCGGGAGUUAGAAUUCUGCAAUGACUUCCAUUAAAAGCUCGGCAGGAAGACUUUUUUUCCUGUCCUUUCAAAAAAAGUAAAAAAAGGUCUUUGUGGUACAUGAAAGCCUCUGUGCCACAUGACUGAUGCCUUUAAUUGAGGAGCUGAAGAGGAGGUUCAAACCUUUCUGUAGAGGAUGUUUAAGUCUAUCUGAAGUUAAGUUUAUGUUCAAUUUAGGCUAAGAUUCAAUCAGUUCUGGAGCUAACCCAGGAUAACUGACAGCUGUUAUUAUUUAGGCAAUGUCGAGGUGUAACUGCAUUAAAGCUAUCAAAUAUGUGAGCGGCUGCUCUUGUCAUUGUCGCGAAACCACAUCUGUCCUUAAAUCCCUCUCGCGUUAGAAGUUCAGAACUAGAAAGUGUAGGCUAUAUGGAAAUGACACUCAAAUUGAAAGUCGUGAAACAUAAUAAGGAUUGAUGUCAGCCUAAUUGAGGUGUAGAUUACAACACAUUCCAGUGUUUGAUCUUGUAACAGGCUGUGUGGGAUUGUGCAUCCAAUGUCAAUGUCCACGAUGGGUAUAAUGGGAGCCACUUGCUGAUUUCACAGCUCCAACACCGUUACACCCCCAACAUCGCCUAAAUAAUAAACAAUGAAACUGCCAUGCAGUUAUCACCGGUUAAGGAGGAUCUGAUUGAAUCAAGCCCACGCCUGUGAGCCCAGAAUCUGGACUCUGGGGUGGCCGUAACAUAAUAAAUGUAAAUCUGUCUCCAUACAAAAUGUAACAUAUACUAAAUGUAUGUAUUAAUUAACAAAAAUUAUUAAGUGGUCCGUGAUCAGAUUCGAACACGCAACCUUUGGGUUGCUAGAUGUUUGUUUUUUCUACGCCCCCAUCCUGACCAACCUCCUCCUUUAGUUUUUGCCGCAAGUAACCUGUCUUAUGUAACUAUGUAACCAAAUGUUUUAAAAAAAAAAGUCUCUGUGCCCUUGAGCAAGGCACUUAACCCUAAUUGCUCUGCAUAACUAAAAUGUAACGUGACAUACUAAUUUGAGUGUCCCAGAUUUAUAUUUGCUAUGUUACGUCUAGUCUGAGACCAGGCUGAUAUUGUGCACCACACAGUUCAAGAUUGCAGAGAAACAUGAAAAGAUUCAUAGAGAACUGUUGUCUGCUAUGAUGAGCUAAGCUGUUCCCACUGAAUAAUGGUCUUUUUAGAGCAAAGGUAUGGUUUCUCACAUGUGAAUAUAAGCUUGCCAGAAAUAAUUUUGUCUCAUGGUGAAAACGGAAAACCUCUGUAUAUUUGUGUGUAUAUAUUUACUGAGCAAAAAUAUAAACGCAACAUGUAAAGUGUUGGUUGUAAAGUGUUGGUUUCAUGAGCUGAAAUAAAAGGUCCCAGAAAUGUUCCAUACGCACAAAAAACAUUUCUCUCAAAUUUUAUGCACAAAGUUGUUUACAUCCAUGUAAGCGAGCAUUUGUCUUUCGCCAAGAAAUCCACCUGACAGGUGUGGCAUAUCAAGAAGGUGAUUAAACAGCAUGCUCAUUACACAGGUGCACCUUGUGCUGGGGACAAUAAGGCCACUAAAUGGAUUUGAAGUUUUGAAGGAGCAUGCAAUUUCCAUGCUGACUGCAGGAAGGUUCGCCAGGGAAUUUAAUGUUCAUUUCUCAACCAUAAGCCGCCAUACACAGUCUGCCAAAUCCUCCAAAACAUUGUGUGGGCGAGCGGUUUGCUGAUGUCAACUUUGUGCCCCAUGGUGGAAGUGGGGUUAUGGUAUGGGCAGGUAUAAGCUAUGGACAACAAACACAAUUGCAUUUUAUUUAUGGCAAUUUGAAUACUCAAACAUACCGUGACGAGAUCUUGAUGCCAAUUUUUUUUUUUUUGGAAUCUGUGCCCAACAGAUUCAUAUCUCUAUUUCCAGUCAUGUAAAAUCCAUAUAUUAGGGCCUAAUGAAUUUUUCAAUUGACUGAUUUUCAUAUAUGAACUGUAACUCAGUAAAAUCGUUGAAAUUGUUACAUGUUUAUAUUUUUGUUCGGUAUACUUUUUCAGCUCCUAGUGGAGCAAAGGUCCUCAGCGGUUCAUGUUCACUCCAGUGAACUCUGUUCUAUGCAGUUUUCUUGACUUCAUUACAUGUGGUUCCUGCUUUCAUCUUCUACUUACUUCAAUGGUAGUAGUAAAGAAUGGUACACACUGUUUUCGGGAGACAGGUAAUUGAGUAUGUCUUUUGGCGAAACAUAGCAAAAUAGUUUACUGGCUGAAUGCAACUCAUGUUUUGGUUUGUUCAAUUAUCUUUUUCAGUAAAUGUACAAUGUUACUUUGCUGACCUAGUAAACAAGGUUUUCAACCAUUUUCAGAGGAAAAUGAAAUAAAAUAAGAGCAAAUUCACUUCA